CCAAAGGAAACAUGGGAAGGUCAGACACAAUCUUCGCUUUAACAUUAUCAGACUCAAUAUUAACAUUAGAAUUACCUGCACGUCAAUCCAGAACAGGCAAUGAUGAUGCUAAUAACUGUAUAUUUACUUUCAGUGGGCUAUGUCAGAACAAUUUUAGGUUUGACAUGUUUUGCAUGUAGUGGACUUCAUGAUCCGUGGUAUUGCAAUACAGUUGAACAUUGUUAUGAGGGACAGACGUGUGGUAUGACAAAGUUUGUAACCAAGUCGGGAGAAGCUAACUUUCAUCUUGGAUGCGUUAAUAGCACGAAUUGUCAAAGUAGACAACCCCGAUCUGAUAUCCACUCAUAUUGUCAUAGCUGUUGUACUUCAGAUGUCUGCAAUAAAAAUGGAUGUGGCCAUAAUGGAAUACCAAUAAAUCAAGUUGGUCCAAUAUGUUACCAGUGUACAGCUAUACCAAACCAUGCAGAUUGUAAAACUGUGACAUUGUGCCGAGCGAAUGAGAUUUGCUUCAUUUAUUCAUUUGGCCGAUAUACAAAGGUGUACAUGAGUGGCUGUAGAACACGACUUUCAUGUCAAAAGUAUAGCGGAUUCAACAACAUUAUUGGGAGACGUCGUAAUGAGACAAGAAGUAAACAAGAGUGUAACCGAUGCUGUGAGACUAACUUGUGCAAUUCGAAUUGUACAGAUAACAACUAACAAAACUUUCGUUCUCUUUCGCUUCUUAAUUUUUUGUCUUUAAUUGUGUGUGUGUUUUUUUUUUUAUUUCUAUUUUAUUUUUUUAAAACAAUAGAGGUAUCUACAUUGCAAUUAUGACAAAUUGUUAGUAACGUAAUGUAUGAAAUGUAAUGUAACUGAAGCAAAAUUUCUGAAAACAUAUAAUAAAUCUUUCGAAAAAUAAAUUUGAUUUAAAAUUG